UGUUAUUAAAAUACUUAUUCUCUAAUUUAAAAACAGUUUUAAACUAAAUUGCCUUGUUUGUAACUGAAACAAGUAGGCAAGAUGGACAUUUAUAUAUCCUGUGACCAUCCACACCCACAUGUAUAAUAACAUUACAGUGGUUGCUCUCAGACACAGCAGCAGCUGCUGAGCAUUUUUUUUCCAGCCUGCAUUUUCUCAGGACAAGCCAACCACUCAGUUCACUGGGAUCAAAAGUAGGCUACUGUUGUGCUUUUUGGAGUGGUAUCUGAUCCUGCCUUCAUCAUAACCAAAGCUCUUUUGUAACGUGCCAGAGGAAAUGUCAGAUCCAACAGCGGAACUCACCAACAAGCCCUUCGCAGUCCAGUUGUCCAAUGUUUACCUCAGCAUCUUGGCACUGUUCUGCUUUAAGCUCUUUGUUAAAAUUUCUCUAAACUUACUUACAUACUUCUACAUAGUCCGUGGGAACCGUAAAGAAGCUGCCCGGAUAUCAGCAGAGUUCUAUGAUUAUGGCCAACAACACAGAUCCUGGGCAGAUCGCUCACCCCUCCAUGAUGCUGCCAGUCAGGGCCGCCUCCUGGCCCUAAGGACCCUCAUUUUACAGGGUCACAAUGUGAAUGUUCUGACUAUAGACCAUGUGACGCCCCUGCAUGAGGCCUGUGUUGGAGACCAUGUUGCUUGUGCUAGAGCUCUCAUUGAUGCAGGAGCAAAUGUCAAUGCUUCUACAAUUGAUGGAGUCACCCCUCUGUUCAAUGCCUGUACAGUGGGCAGUGUGGCUUGCACUGAAAUUCUUUUGGAAAAUGGAGCAAAGCCCCAGAGCCUUGUAUACCAUCCUUCACCGAUACACGAAGCGACCAGCAAAGGUCAUUAUGGCUGUGUUGAGGCCCUGGUGACUUGGGGGGCAGAUGUGGACAUGGACAUUCCUCACCUGGGCACAGCGCUCUAUACUGCCUGCAUCUGCCAGGAGCUGGAGUGUGCCAGGAAACUCCUGAGGGAAGGUGCAAAUGUACAGAAAGGCAGAUCCUUGGAUUCACCCUUACAUGCAGCAGCAGAAAAAGACUCCACAGCUGUAGUGAAGCUGCUGCUGGACUUUGGUGCAGAUAUUAAUGCCAGGAACACAGAGUUUCAGAGACCAGUGGAUGUGGCUCCACCCAGCAGUAUAACAGAGGGUUUUCUCCUGCUUUACGAAGCUACACCUCGACUGCUGAGCCAGUUGUGUCGUCACUGCAUCAGAAACUGUGUCGGCCGUGACAGACUCCAUCUUCUCUCCCACCUUCCCCUGCCAAACAGGCUCAAGACCUACCUGCAGUACCAAUGACAGGCAAAAUAACCAAACUGUCAACCUAAAUGGGACUUCCAGAAACUUGUUUUUGACUCAAAAUACCACAAAAAUGCCAUGAAAAUCAAUCCUCCUAAUUUUUUUAUAUUAGCCAUGACACAAUUAAUACUGAUAAGCCAGAGAGCAGCAACUGACAAUACCAAGCUGUGAUCAGCUUGCAUAACUUCCAACAGCAGACAUGUCUAUUUACUGCAAGGACAUGGAUGAAUGAAAAGGAGGAUGCUGCCAUAACGGGUCCUCAGGAUUCCCUGAAAUGAUUUAUGGUUUAUGUAAUAAAACAAAUAUAUUAUUUUCUGAUUUCUGUGUGUUCAGAAGAGUUAAAACAGCUACAAGAGACUAAAGCACUUUGCAUAAUAAAAACUUUACUAAAGAUUAUAUGAAGACCACAAUAUAUGCAUGAGUGAGUUUUAUGCUUUUUGUACUUAAAGCAUUGUACACUACUGGAUCAUUAAAAGUAAUGUUAAAAUCUUGCUCACUCAUUAUUUUUCUAUUUUU